AUGUUGAUGGUAGGUCAUAACGAGCUGUAAUGCACAAAUAUUGUAUCUAGAAUAACUUUCCAACAUGGACUUUUUUAAAGUUAUCUCACAUGUUGUCUCAUAAUUUUUUUUUAAAGUCUGCCAUGUACAUCGUUAUGGAGUCACAGUUUGACUACUCAGUUGUAAGUACUUUUCAACACGCAGUGUCAUCCUCAAGAUUGUAUUUUGUAUUGUGCACUAAAAUGAAAUACAAACAACAAUUUCAGCAUGACAUGCCUGUUUGGCGGCGAUGGUGGUGCCUGUUGCUCCUGGAGAACAAUUCUUUGAACAGGUAGACAGUUUAAGUAAACUAGAUGUCCUAAUUAACUGGAAGACAAUCAAUAUAUUGUACUUAAAGACAUAUUGUCAUUACAGUUGUGGGAAAAUCUUCGCCCACUGGACCAAAGAAUGUCAAGAGCUCAUUGCUGGAAAGCAUACUCCGGUCUUCAGUCUAAAGAGGAAGGCAGAGCAGCAGGACAUAGAGGUUAGAAAAUUGCCUUGUAAAAACAGUAUUAUCUCAGUGGGAGUCCUUCAAAAUGCACACAGUUGUAUGGAUCAACAUUGUCUCGAUGUAUUUGGUAAUUGAUGUUACUUUUCAAAUUGCCUUGUCAAGGAAACCAUGACGCAGACGGUAUCGGAUGUCCAAAGAAUGUGCAUGGCAGAUUCAAUGCAAUUCUGUGUCUACCAGACAUCGAACAACACAGGAGAGAGGUGUGUUGCAGACUCAAUUUAAUAAAUGCAAUUAUCGGGGCCUAUUCAGUGAUUUUCCAUGAAGUGACCACUUUUACAUAUAGUUUAAAUGCACGAAUCAUGCAGGAAAAUUAUUUAUACAUUCAAAUGUGCUGCAGAGGUAUAAUCAAUUGGACAGCGUGUUUGUUUAAUAUUAUGUUUGUCUCUCAUUUGAUCAGAUUGCUUUACCCUGAGGUAAACGUCAUAAAAUGGGUCCAGUGCAAGACGUGCAGGGGCUGGCUGCAUCAGGAUUGUGCUGGGAUUGAAAUGGAGCCGUUUGACUGCGGGUGCGAGGACUCCAUUGAGCAUCCUCGGUGUAACAUAAUUUAUCAAGGAAACAUAGUAUCAGUCAAAAAUACGAGGCUCAAAGGAUGA